CAGGGAUAUGGCGGAGGCUGGGGUGGAGGUUAUGGUAACAUGUACGGUAACUACCAGGGUGCCUACUGGCAGUAUCCUCAACAACAGUACAUGAUGGGAGGAGGCGGCCAGCAGGGCUGGGCAGCUGGAAGCUAUCCCCAGGGAUGGAACCAGGGCUACAGCAUGAGCGGCCAGAUGGGGAACUGGAUGGGGGGUGGGCAGCAGCAGGGCUUCGGAGGCAGUCAGAUGGGACAGCAACAGCCAGGCAACGGGAUGAUGCCCAGCCAGGGUUACAUGCAGCCCCAACAGUACCAGACUCAGUAGCACUCAAGUCAACAACAUCUUAUGUUAGCACGAACAUUCAUCCUUGUUGGCAGUUGACGUAGCACAGAGCUAAAACCUUUAUCCAACAACAAAAAAUGGCACGUCGAAUUUCGACUGUCUCUCUGCAGUAUUCCUCAGAAUUCAAGUGUUUAACCAUCUGGAUCAAGUGACCAUGUAGACAUUCAAUGUAGGCAGUUGGCCAUAAAUUUCCUGGCAUUGUCUUAUUAUAUGGUCGCGUAGUCUAGGCCAUCGGUUACUUGACUUCUGAGGAAGGCCGCAGUCGAAAAGUCUGGAAUUUGAUUUUUGUUUUAGCUCUGUGCUAUGUAACAACAUCUUAUACACACCUCAGCAGAUCCAGACAAAAAACCCAAAUGAUUUAUCCAUCUUAGCUUGUUUAAAUUAGUCCACCUUUAACUGAGACUGUUUAGGCCACUCCAUUGAGUUUGUGUGUUUUUAUCAGUAAAGAAUAAUGAUAAAGCAGCAGGAUUAUGAACUUGAAUAAUAUGGAAGAUGUACAGAUACAUUAUGAUGACUAUGUUGUACUUUUUCAACUCAACCUUUGGAUGACUGAUUGGUCCCUUUCUUGUAGAUAAUGUCUGUGUUUUCUAACUGGAAACUGCUCUGAUCCUUUUUGACUGACUUACUUAAAGAUAGGCCCAUUUCGUUCUUGAGGACUCGACUUGAUUAAGAUUUUAUAAGUAGUUAUCCCGAGCACCUUUGUCAUCGAGAAGUUUUGCUUUGGUAAUGUGGAAGAGAUGAGCUUGUGUUUAGGCUUUGCAGUAGUAUUGGUAUUAAGUAUCAGUUAUGGAGAGUUGCUACUGGACUGAUGGUAAAGUGCAUGUGUGCCACUGGAUAACAAUGAUGAUUUCAUGUAUGUAAUUCACUCCUGUUGGACAUGGAACCAUUACUUCAGCCGUUACAUGCACGGCAGAAAUACUAGGUAGCCCCUGUAAGGGUUUGAAUGUCCAAGUGUAAGAUAACAAGUCCAAGUCGGUUCCACCCCCCUCCCCCCUAUUGUCCAUGGAAGAGAAUACAUUUGUUUUCAAACAGAGAUUGUAAGCUGCCAUGUUAGUUUGACCUGUUGAGUGGACAUUGUAGAAACCAACCAGAGUUGAGGUAGCUCUUGUCCGAAACGUUUUUUUCACGACAUACAAGAAAGGCUUGAGCGUGUACUUGUGUGCAGAUUGGGCCUUGCAUGGCCAUUUCCUGCACCACGUGUGAACAGUUACUAAAACACUGCUGUACAAAAUUUUUGGAACUCCACAAUUUCUUGUACUAACCCUAGGAGGUCCUAUCUGUGUGAGUUUCCUUUUUGCCUUUCAACGUUUUACUUUUUGUCGUGUCACAAUCAUGAACGUUGUGAAGUCACCUUUGAUAUAGACCUGGCACUUGAUGUGAAAAAGCAUCUCAUGUACAGUAAUUUAAAAACAUGAUCAAGCUACAAGUAAGAUGAUGAGACUGUAGUUUAAAAAAGUUAGAUGACUGAGCUGUGUUUUCUCAGUGACUUGUUGAAAAUAACCAUAAAGAAGACAACAAAAAUGUAUAUGAUACUACAGAAGUUGUGGUGUCCUUGCGUGAGUCAUAAUGCUGAAAACUGUUGAUGUGACAGAAAAACUUGCAUGAUGAGUCCAUUUACUACAUAUUCUGUCAUCAAGGACACAUGAAAUCUUAAAUGUUGAGAGUGAAAACUCUUGGCUGCUGUUCUACUCUUUCUUAGAUGCCAGAUUGCAAUAAGUUAGUAGGUUCUCCUUCAUACAAACUUCAGACAGGAAUACAUGACCAUUACUGCCAAAUAUCAGAACCUACGUUAAUUUGCUCCCGUAAUUCGUAUUUCUUUUGAAGAGAAAAAAGUUGUUCUGCAGUCUAUGAUUCCAGUAUGUACUCAUGACAAGUUACCUUACGUCAUACAUCUUGCUUGUACAGGCUUUAAAGAAAUGUACGCUCGCUAAAAAGAGGAGACAUCCAGACAGGCCUUAUAAAAAUGUUUGGUACUUACGGAACAUUUCGAAGCUGAUUUUUAUCCAAAGUUCCCCUUGAAUGAAGAGAAAAUUGUAGGCAUCAAGUCUGACUGGAGAAGAUAUGUUGAUGUGGUCAAUGAGGCAAAUGUAAAACUGUAGUGAGUAAUUUAUAUACUGUUAAGACGUGAUCCUAUUUUAGUAUCAAUGAGUGAAGUAAGUAGUAGUCAACUUAUAGUCAAGCUGUUAGUAGUUAGAGGUUAACAAUGAUAGUGAUGGAUGGAUAUGGGUGUACAAAGGUAUUCCUUACUUUUAUUAUGAUACACAAUAAUAAGAUAUAGAGGGGUAAGAUGUAGCAUGGAACUGUUCCUUAUUUAGUUCUGUGGGUUGGUUGCUGUAGUUGCUUGAUUAGAGGAUAAUCAGACCGUGUGUAAACCAAGUAACAUGGGGAGCGGCUGGUUUUGUAGGUGGGAAAAAGAGGAAAUAAAAAGAAAUAUGAUUUCUA